AUGCGCCCAAUCUCGAGAGCCAUUCUCCGGCCGUACGUUUGCCCAUCUUGCCGACACGUUAGUGCCGGCCGACGACGAUUCAGCUCUAAACUAGAUGCCCCCGAGCUCUACGAUGUCGUCUGUGUUGGCGGCGGGCCCGCCGGCCUAGGGUUACUGGCAGCACUCCGAGCAUCGCCUAUCACAUCAAAACUCAAAGUCGCCCUCGUCGAGACCCAGGACCUCCACAAAGCCCAGUCGUGGAACCUCGAACCAACUCAGUUCUCAAACCGAGUCAGCAGCUUGACUCCCUCGUCUGUGUCCUUCCUGCGCAGCAUUGGCGCCUACGACCACCUCGAUGUCACCCGCGUCCAGGACUACCAGGACAUGCAGGUGUGGGACGGCCAAACCGGAGCCCGAAUAUCGUUUGACUGGUCCAUGGAGACCUCCCCAUUCGAAGAUAUGCGCACGGUAGCAACGAUGACCGAGAACGCAAACCUAGUGCGCGCCCUCCUGCGCCGCAUCACCGAGUCUGGAGACGAGAACCUUUCCCUCUUCUCCAACUCCACCGUGGCCUCCAUCGAGAACGGCUCCGACCUCCAACCGGAAGGCCCCGACCUCUCAGCCUGGCCCGUCCUCUCCGUCAAACCAACAGACCCCGCCGCCUCAACCCCACCAAAACGCAUCGCAGCCCGUCUCCUCGUCGGUGCAGACGGCAUCAACAGCCCGGUCCGCUCCUUUGCAGACAUCCCAACCCACGGCUGGGACUACGGCCGCCACGGCAUCGUCGCAACCCUCGCCCUAGACAACCCAGCAACCCCACCGUUCCCAGCAUCCAUGCGCACAGCCUACCAACGCUUCCUCCCAGCCCUAGGCGGUCCAAUAGCCCUGCUCCCCUUACCAAACAACCACGCAACCCUCGUCUGGUCCACAACCCCAGAGCACGCAUCCUACCUCAAGUCCCUCCCAACCCCAUCCUUCCUGGCAAUGGUCAAUGCCGCCUUCCGCCUGGACAUGACCGACCUAUCCUACAUGAUGGGCAUGGAGACGCCCUCUUCCACCACCCCCUCGGACUCGUCUCACGAGGACGAACUCACCUGGCGCAUCCAGCACACCCCCUCCCGGCACACAUCCCACCCCCAGCAACAGCCGUCCAAGAAGGAACAGUAG